AUGUCGGCGUGUCAGCUCCGGGAGUUGACACGGACUCCGCCGAAAGGCGUCGAGGUAACAAUAGUGCGUCAACUGCGGGAGUUGACGACGCGACAGGCAGUGCUGGCGGCGACGGUUACAAAAGUAACGAAAACUGCGCAAGCCUCGGUCCGGGACGGAGACGCUACUGUCGGUGUCUGCCGGGCAGACACCAGAACAGACAUCGAGCGUCGAGACGAUGAACGUCUUGACGCGAACCCGUACUGGUCUCCAGUACCGGUCGAUGGCAUUGGAGAAUCCUCCGACGAGUGCGUCGAAGUUGACGUCGCUUCCAGCCAUGGGCUGGAUACGCUUCGCAAAGGACCUGUUCGAUGGAUGCAUCGAACAGAUAUACAUCCUUUCAGAGAUUGA